AAAUCCAAAAUACCAAUCCGACCCGUCUUAUAGUUCUCCCAAUUGGACUAUUGAUUACCAGCAGGAAGUCGGUGGGGGGUUACAUUUGAAAGAGAAAGGGCGUACAGAGAGGGGGAUCUGAUUUUGUGUUCUUGGAUCAGUAGGAUUAGGAGAGAUCUGUUUGUAAAAACAUAAUUUCCAGGCAGAUCUGUUCCAGUUUUUCACCAAUUUCAAUCUUCUUCAUUCAUACACUCAAAGGGUUUAUUGAUUCUUAGUUCACACAGAGGAAGGAUGAAUAUAUUUAGACUUGCAGGGGAUAUGACCCAUCUGGCCAGCGUCCUCGUCUUGCUCCUAAAGAUACAUACCAUCAAAUCCUGCGCUGGGGUUUCACUGAAGACUCAGGAGCUCUACGCACUGGUUUUUGCUACUCGCUACCUGGAUAUAUUCACAGACUUCAUUUCACUAUACAAUACUGUCAUGAAGUUAAUAUUUCUGGGAAGUUCUUUCUCUAUCGUAUGGUACAUAAGGCGCCACAAGAUUGUCCGUAGAUCCUAUGAUAAAGAUCAAGAUACCUUUCGACAUUAUUUUCUUGUGCUUCCUUGUUUGCUUUUAGCUUUAGUUAUUCAUGAGAAGUUCACUUUCAGAGAGGUAAUGUGGGCAUUCUCCUUGUACUUGGAAGCCGUCGCGAUACUUCCUCAGCUGGUCUUGCUGCAAAGAACAAGAAAUAUCGACAACUUGACAGGCCAAUAUGUAUUUCUUCUUGGAGCGUACCGGGCAUUGUAUAUUUUGAACUGGAUCUAUCGUUACUUCACCGAGCCUCAUUUUGUCCAUUGGAUCACUUGGAUAGCAGGCCUAGUCCAGACUCUGCUUUAUGCUGAUUUCUUCUACUACUACUUUGAAAGCUGGAAGAACAAUGUAAAACUCCAAUUACCAGCUUGAGGCUUGUUUUAUGAUGAUGGUAGAGGCAGGUGAUAGAGUUAUGAGAAUCAUACUUGACUAUGUGCUUUGUUUCACAGGGGUGUAUGCAACUUAUGCUCUUUUUAUUUGUUUUAAUUACACCUCUGUUUGUUCUCAACUCCAUAUAAUGGGUAUGUAACCUCCCUUAAUAGCAGAUCAUUUAUAUUAGAUUAUAUUGUUCAUUA